ACAAACUCCUGGGCAAGGAUCACAUGGUCUCAGAAUGGCCAGAGUUUCUUGGUAUUGGAUGAACAGAGAUUUGCAAAAGAGAUUCUUCCCAAGUACUUCAAGCACAACAACAUGGCAAGCUUUGUCAGACAGUUAAACAUGUAUGGCUUCCGUAAAGUUGUCCAUGUUGAUUCUGGGAUUGUCAAAGUGGAGCGAGAUGGUCCAGUAGAGUUUCAGCAUCCAUAUUUUAAGCAGGGCCGGGAGGACUUGUUGGAACACAUUAAAAGGAAGGUUUCUUCUUCGAGACCCGAAGAAAACAAGAUACGUCAGGAAGAUCUCUCCAAAAUAAUAAGUAAUGCUCAAAAAGUGCAGGUUAAACAAGAAACCAUUGAAUCUCAGUUGUCUGCUUUGAAGAGAGAGAAUGAAUCCCUUUGGAGGGAAGUAGCAGAACUGAGAGCAAAACACUUGCAACAGCAGCAAGUUAUUCGGAAGAUUGUACAAUUUAUUGUUACCUUGGUGCAGAAUAACCAACUAGUGAGCCUGAAACGGAAGAGGCCUCUUCUUCUGAACACUAAUGGACCUACAAAGUCGAAUGUAUUUCAACAAAUUGUGAAAGAACCAGCUGACAGUAACCAUCAUGUACCUCUCAACAGAAAUGAGAGCUUAAAACAAAGGGAACAGAUUUCAGAUGACAUCAUUAUUUAUGAUGUCACUGAGGAUGUGGGAGAUGAAGAAAAUCCCAUGGCUGAUGAAGAAAAUCCCAUGGCUGAUGAAGAAAAUCCCAUGGCUGAUGAAGAAAAUCUUCCCAUUCCACCAGAAGCAAAUGAAGAUUCCACUUCUGAUUCUUCAAACUGUAGUCAUUCUCCUGAUAUUGUAAUUGUGGAAGAUGAUAAUGAAGAAGAAUAUGCCCCUGUAAUUCAAGGGGAUGAAAGCACAGAAUCAGUUGCUGUCCCAGCUAAUGAUCCACUCAGCCCUGUCAGUGACAGUACCAGCCCACUCAUGUCAAGUGCUGUGCAGCUGAAUAACCAGUCAACUUUAACUGCAGAAGAUUCAGUCUCAAUGAUGGAUUCCAUACUCAAUGAGAACGGAGUCAUUUCGCAGAAUAUAAAUCUCCUUGGAAAGGUUGAACUUCUGGAUUAUCUUGACAGCAUUGACUGCAGUUUAGAGGACUUCCAAGCAAUGUUAUCAGGACGACAGUUCAGCAUAGAUCCAGAUCUCCUGGUCGAGCUUUUCACAAGCUCCGUGCAGAUGAAUCCCACAGAUCAUAUCUCUAAUACCAAAAUGGAGACAAAGGGAAUAGAAACUACCAAGAAUAACGAUGGUCCUGCAGCUUCACAUGAGACACAAGUUUCUAAGCCUAAAUCAGACAAGCAGCUCAUACAGUACACGGCGUUUCCACUCCUUGCAUUCCUUGAUGGGAACCCAGGCUCCACCAUUGAGAGUGGGAGCUCCACCAUGGAAACUCCUUCCUGUGUUGACAAACCCCUGGAAGUGGACGAGCUGCUGGAGAGCAGCCUGGAUCCUGAGCCCACCCAGAGCAAACUGGUGCGGCUGGGGCCCUUGACAGCAGCAGAAGCGAGUGAAGCCACCCUGUUCUAUCUAUGCGAACUUGCCCCGGCACCCAUGGACACAGACAUGCCCUUCUUGGAUAACUGA